AUGUCUUCUGAAUCACCUUCUCCAACAGGUUCUCCGCCUUCCCCACCAUCGAAUUCUCCACCUCCACCACCACCACCAGCGCCAGCACCACCACCAGCAACACCCCCACCAUCAACAUCACCCCCACCAAAAUCAUCACCGCCACCAUCUUCACCACCACCUCCUCCACCGCCCACUUCUUCUCCACCACCAAAAGAAUCUCCUCCACCAUCACCAUCACCACCGCCGCCAUCGCCAACCGCCCCUCCGCCUGAUAACACGCCUUCCGCACCACCCCCACAAAAUUCAAACACUAGUCCUCCUCCCCCACCUUCAAAUAACAAUGGUAGUAACAAUGGUUCAUCAACACCACCUACAUCUCCGCCUCCUCCGCCGCCACCACCACCUUCUUCACAGGGAAAUUCUUCUUCUCGGUCACCUCCUCCUCCGCCACGACAACUCUCACCACCACACAAGCCGCCACCGCCGCCUAAAAGCUCUUCAACUUCUUCUGACGCAGUGGGGUCCGAGGAUUCUUCUUCGUCCAAGCUGCCUAUCAUAAUUGGAGUUGCAGUCGGGGCAGGGUUGUUGCUUUUAGUAAUGCUUCUGCUCUUCGUGGUAUGCAGAAGAAGGAAGAAGAAGAAGGAGGAGGAUCAGAUUCAGUACUACCCUUCUUCUCACCCAUCGAAAGGUCAUGAAUAUUACAACGGUCCACCUUCACCAUGGACCAACGGAUCCAAACCUAGCGACCACGUUGUUAACAUAACUCCGCCUCCGUCAAGCCAUAGAAAUUGGCCAUCGCCGCCUCCCCCGCCACCCCCGGCAUUCAAUAAUAGUAGUGAGAUGAGUUCUUCCAACUUCUCUGGUCCCCAACGUCCAGCAUUGCCACCCCCACACCCUUCUGUGGCUCUUGGAUUCAGCCAGAGCAACUUCUCCUAUGAUGAGCUAGCAGUUGCAACCGGGGGCUUCACUGCGGCUAACCUAUUAGGUCAAGGAGGAUUUGGUUACGUGCAUAAAGGGGUAUUACCAAAUGGGAAAGAGAUCGCGGUCAAGAGUCUCAAAUCGGGUAGUGGACAAGGAGAGCGAGAGUUUCAAGCCGAGGUUGAGAUUAUUAGCCGUGUCCAUCAUCGCCACCUUGUGUCACUUGUUGGGUAUUGCAUUUCUGGAGGAAGAAAGAUGUUGGUUUAUGAAUUUGUUCCUAAUGGCAACCUUGAUCAGCACCUUCAUGGGAAGGGUGUCCCAACCAUGGAUUGGGCUACCAGAAUUAAAAUCGCAUUAGGAGCAGCCAAAGGGCUUGCUUACCUGCAUGAAGAUUGUCACCCUCGCAUUAUCCACCGGGACAUUAAAGCUUCCAAUAUCCUACUUGACGAUAAUUUUGAAGCCAAGGUGGCGGAUUUCGGAUUGGCAAAGCUAACUCAAGACAACUAUACUCAUGUGUCUACUCGCGUCAUGGGAACAUUUGGGUAUUUGGCUCCUGAGUAUGCGUCAAGUGGCAAGCUAACUGAGAAAUCUGAUGUUUUCUCGUUUGGCGUUAUGCUGUUGGAACUGAUAACUGGAAGGCGUCCUGUGGAUCCCUCCGGCGACAUGGAGGACAGCUUAGUAGACUGGGCCAGACCAAUUUGUGCCCGAGCAAUGCAGGACGGGAACUAUGACGAGCUGGCAGACCGUCUUAUGGAGGACAAUUAUGUCCCCCAGGAAAUGGCACGCAUGGUGGCAUGUGCUGCUGCAAGCAUAAGGCAUUCUGCAAGAAGGCGACCCAAAAUGAGCCAGAUUGUACGUACCUUGGAAGGCGAUGCCUCACAUGAAGACUUGACUGAUGGAAUGAGAGGUAGCAGCAGUGGAUUCUUUGGCUCUAGUAGCUCUGAAUAUGAUGCUGGCUCAUACAGCGCAGACAUGAAGAAGAUUAAGAAGGUGGCACCGAACAAUAACAGCCAGGAAUAUGCGAGCAGUGAAUAUGGUGCAACAAGCGAGUAUGGGCUCAAUCCUUCCUCCUCAAGCAGCAGUGGUCGCUCUAGCAAGGCACAGUCACAGAUUAAACAUUAA